CAGAACUGUGAAGCUGUACCGCAGCCUCUGUAGCGCAGGUGUUGGGGAAGAAAAGAAGAGAGCCCAUUCUGUGGCUGGUGCUGCAUGUUCAUGUGCAUUAUCACAUUUAAUUUAAAUCUCUAAAGCCUUUACAAAAUACAGAAAAAUCAUGGAAGGAGGAGAGCUUUGGCUAUUCGGGAUUUUUGGUGGCUCCAUAUGAAUUUCAUCAAUAUCUGUUCUAUUUCUUUGAAGAAUGUCAUUGAAAUUUUUAUUGGAAUAGCAUUGAGUCUGUAAAUUGCUUUUGAUUUGAUAAUGGGCUGCAUUAAAAGUAAAGAGAAUAAAAGUCCAACCAUUAAAUACAGAACUGAAAACACUCCAGAACAGACACUCAGUACAAGUGUCAGCCAUUAUGGAGCAGAACACACUGCAGUGGCACCGUCAUCUUCAACUAAGGGAACAUCUGUUAAUUUUAACAAUAUUUCCAUGACACCAUUUGGAGGAUCCUCUGUGGUGACACCUUUUGGAGGAGCAUCUUCCUCCUUCUCAGUGGUGCCAACUUCAUAUCCUGCUGGUUUAACAGGUGGUGUUACUAUAUUUGUGGCCUUAUAUGAUUAUGAAGCUAGAACUACAGAAGACCUUUCAUUUAAGAAGGGUGAAAGAUUUCAAAUAAUUAACAAUACGGAAGGAGACUGGUGGGAAGCAAGAUCAAUUGCUACAGGAAAGAAUGGCUAUAUCCCUAGCAAUUAUGUAGCCCCUGCAGAUUCCAUUCAGGCAGAAGAGUGGUAUUUCGGCAAAAUGGGGAGAAAAGAUGCUGAAAGAUUACUUCUGAAUCCUGGGAAUCAACGAGGUAUUUUCUUAGUAAGAGAGAGUGAAACUACUAAAGGUGCUUAUUCCCUCUCUAUUCGUGACUGGGAUGAGAUAAGGGGCGACAAUGUGAAACACUAUAAAAUUAGGAAACUUGACAAUGGUGGAUACUAUAUUACAACCAGAGCACAAUUUGAAACUCUGCAGAAAUUGGUAAAACACUAUACAGAACAUGCUGAUGGUUUAUGCCAUAAGUUAACAACUGUGUGUCCAACUGUGAAACCCCAGACACAAGGUUUAGCAAAAGAUGCUUGGGAAAUCCCUCGAGAAUCUUUGCGACUAGAGGUUAAACUAGGACAAGGAUGUUUUGGUGAAGUAUGGAUGGGAACAUGGAAUGGAACUACAAAAGUAGCCAUCAAAACACUAAAACCAGGUACAAUGAUGCCAGAGGCUUUUCUUCAAGAGGCUCAGAUAAUGAAAAAACUAAGACAUGAUAAACUUGUUCCACUAUAUGCUGUUGUUUCUGAAGAGCCAAUUUACAUUGUCACUGAAUUUAUGUCAAAAGGGAGUUUAUUAGAUUUCCUGAAGGAAGGAGAUGGAAAGUAUUUGAAGCUCCCACAACUGGUUGAUAUGGCUGCUCAGAUUGCUGAUGGUAUGGCAUAUAUUGAAAGAAUGAACUAUAUACACCGAGAUCUUCGGGCUGCUAAUAUUCUUGUAGGAGAUAAUCUCGUGUGCAAAAUAGCAGAUUUUGGUUUAGCAAGGUUAAUUGAAGACAAUGAAUAUACAGCAAGACAAGGAGCAAAAUUUCCAAUCAAAUGGACAGCUCCUGAGGCUGCUCUAUAUGGUCGAUUUACAAUCAAGUCUGAUGUAUGGUCAUUUGGAAUUCUGCAGACAGAACUGGUAACAAAGGGCAGAGUGCCAUAUCCAGGUAUGGUAAACCGUGAAGUGCUGGAACAGGUGGAACGAGGAUAUAGGAUGCCUUGCCCUCAGGGCUGUCCAGAAUCCCUGCAUGAAUUGAUGAAUCUAUGUUGGAAGAAGGACCCUGAUGAAAGACCAACAUUUGAAUAUAUUCAGUCCUUCUUGGAAGACUACUUCACUGCUACAGAGCCACAGUACCAGCCAGGAGAAAAUUUAUAACUCAAAUAGCCAAUUUUAUAUGCACAAAUCUGCCAAAAUAUAAAGUACUUAUAUAGACUUCCUCAGUUACAUACAGGAAUCAAAAGAAGAAAAUCUUCACUCUGCAUGUUUUUAAUGGUAAACUGGAAUUUCAAAUAUGGUUGCACAAAACCACUUUCCCCCCUAAGUGUUAAACUCUAAUGUACCAAUGAUGAAUUUUCCAACUUACUUUAAAGUCCAAAGAAAAUGUAACUAAGAUAUGGAUAACAGUGUGAUAGCAUGACAAUGAAGAACAAAAGAUUAAAAUUUAUAAAUCACUUCUUUUAUUCCCCACACUCAGAAUUAUUAAGAGUAAAUUACCAUUAUAGACAAAAACUGGAAGUAAAAAGUUAUACCAUAAUAAAAUCCAAAAUUAAGGAAUUUUAUGGGACCAAACAAUUCCAUUCCAGUUUUUAAAAAUUUCUUACUUUGUUCUCAAAAGUUUUUUUUAAUAUAUGCCUCCUUUUGCAUGGCAAUGGGCCAGGUUUUUAGAAGCAAAAAGGAAGAUAAAUAGCAUCUAAAACUUGAUUGUUAGACUACAGCAGUGUAAAUCUGAAAGUAUAAUGCACUAUGCUAAUACUCAUAUUCAUGGAACUGGAAAGUAGAGGAAGUUUUUCACUUUAAUCAUUUUCUGAAUAGCUCAGUGUAGAAUGAUGAAGGUAACCAAACCUUGAAUCAACCCUUCAUGAGGUGGUUUUUAAGGCAAUAUAUUAAAAUUGUACUCUCCAAUACAAAGGAAAAUCUUUUAAUCUUUAGGUAGCAUUAAAAAAAAUAAGUCCCAUCAUAUAAGCAGUCCUUUUGAAAAAAUAGACUGGUACUGUGAGAUAUUGCUAUACAUAGUUAUGGUGAUGGGUGCCACAAGUAUAAAAUAUCACUAGAUCAGGGACUUGAAUGCAAUGAAAAUGUAUUUAAAGAAAUGUGAGGGGAAAAUGUGAAAGUUUUACAGAUAGAGGAAUGGAAGGUGAGUUUAAUGAUGUUAGGAAUGACAAAAAUGGCUUUGCUGGCACUCAAAGCUCCUCCCUUACCUAUUUUCUGAGAUUUUAAGAGUUAUAAGGUAUGACUAUAAAACUAAUCUCUCUUAACAUGAAACACUAAAUGAGUGUAAUAGCCUCAAAAUAGCUGUUAAGGCUUCUCACUAAUUCUAGUGAUUUUGCACACUAGAUUUUACACAGCUUUUGUGCAAAACAUUUCUAGGACUUUGGUUUUCAAAUCUGUAUUGGAAUCCUUAUUCACUUUUUAAAAUAUUGUACUUAAUGGUCAUCAUUUUUCCCUUUUAGGAUUUAAUUAAGAAGAAAAAUUUAUUCAGAAUAAUAACAGUGAUGUAAAGGGUUACAGAUUUUGCCCAUUUAAAGUGCAGAAGUGAAAUAUACAAAGACAGAUUUUUAUGAGUACUCAAAAAUUACAAAAUAAGAAUUUAGAUAGCAGCAUUAGAACUUUGUUUCUAGCAAAGAAAUUAAAUCUGACAAAUAUAAAUCUGGUAUUUGUAUUUUAAAGUAAAAACUAUCUUUUAUAGUCCCACUUUAAAUAAUGUAAGAGUACCAAUUCUCCAUGUUUUAGGAAUGUAAUUUUCAACCACCAUCACUUACCUGAUUUGAUCAAUAAGUUUAAGGUUCUGUGCCAUGUUGAAACAAAUUUCUUAAUGUGACAAAUGAAUUUCAUGCAAGUUGACAACAGUCUGGUACUAAAAACUGGUGGUUUCUUAUGUUUACAUAACCAGCUUAGUAUUGAAUUCCUCUUCCAAGAGGAUUUUCCUAAGAAGACUGCCAUCAUCAUUUAUCUUUAAUGUCUAUAGCCUGUGACAUCAGACAUCAGAUUUUUAAAGGGCUUUAUGUGAACUAUGAUAUUAUAAUUUUUCUAAUCAUUUUAAACAAAUUAUAUGUUUAUGUAUUAAUUUUGUUAAGAAAAAUAAGCCAGGAAAAGUUGAUGGUAUUCAAUAGGUUUAAUUGAAUGGAGCAAUUCCUCAUAAUAGCAGCUGUAUAGUGGGGGAAGAAAACACUAACUUAAUGUGUAUUCAGUUUUAAAUGGUUAUGUAUUUUUAAAUUGCCAAGAAAAAUAAACAACUUUGUACAUUUGAAGACUUUUUUCAACAGUUUUUCAUCUUCACUAUCUUAAUGUGGAACGUAAACCCUUAUCAAAAAAGGAAGUUGACGUAAGCAGCCUUCUAGCACAAACACUUUUUUAAAUGAAAAUGGUAACCUAAAAGGUAAUAUUUUUUAUAAGUGUAUUAUGUUGUUUUUGUGGAUAAUUGAAAUAAAAAUUCUCAUUGACUGCACCACAUUCAUUUCUUUUCAGCUACUAUUCGUACAUUCUUGUCAGUUUUUUAAAACUUAUAGCAAUGUGUAUUCUAAAUUCUUACAUCAGAGGGGAAAGUAGUUACAACUUGAGCAUAGUUAAAUCAAUUCUUUAUUAAAUUUAAAACCUUAUUGAACUUGUUCUGUGUGGUUAAUUUUUCUGUCAGGUAAGUGACAUUAUUUUUAUAGGGCUUUAAUUAUACUAGCAACUACAGUUAAUGUUUUGUACAGAGAAAUCUAAGUGAUUUUAGUGAAGCUAUUCAGAGAAUCUGUGUAAAGGAUAUAAAAUAAAAUAACCACUUUGACCACAGGGAUUUAAUUUUCUAAAAAUGAAAAAUAUGAGCAUUAUUUCUGUGUGUUUUACACUUGUGUUUUAGCUAUAAUGAAAAUAAAAUUAUACUAAAUUAUGAAUUGCCAAUCAG